UUUGUGGUGCAGUUUUAGAAAACCAAAGUAUGGCAACACUCACUGUGUGCUUGAGUAUGCUUCUUUUAUUGGCAUUCUCAGGCAUUGUCACUUCUCGGACAAUCGUUGAGACUCUACCUGGGUGGAAUGGGACACUUCCCUUCAAGCUUGAAACUGGUUACAUUGCUGUGGAUGAUUUUGAUGAGGUCAACCUAUUCUACUAUUUCGUCGAGUCGGAUAGAAACCCAAUUGAAGAUCCUCUUGUUCUUUGGCUUACUGGAGGACCCGGAUGUUCGGGAUUUUCUGCGUUUGCUUACGAAAUUGGCCCAUUUACUUUUGAUUUACAUUACAAUGGAAGCAUUCCCACUAUUGUUAUGAAUCCAUAUUCAUGGACCAAGGUGGCCAACAUAAUCUUUAUAGAUGCACCAGUCGGUGCUGGAUUCUCAUACUCUACAACCUCAGAUGGGUGGUAUACUUCUGAUACAAAACAAGCUGCACAGACCUAUACUUUCCUAAGAAAGUGGCUAUACACACACCCACAGUAUCAGGGAAAUCAACUGUACAUUGGUGGUGAUUCAUAUUCAGGCCUUAUUGUUCCCAUUCUUCUUAAGAACAUAUUAGAAGGUUUAGAUGCAGGGUUAAAACCAAGAAUGCAACUCCAAGGAUACUUGCUUGGAAACCCAGUUACAGAUAAUUUUAUUGACGUAAAUAUGAGAAUCCCAUAUGUUCACCGAGUGUCCCUCAUUUCAGAUGAAAUCUAUCAGGCUGCUAAAUCUAAUUGCAGUGAGGACUAUGUCAAUUACGAAAUUAACAAUACACUUUGUGUUACUGCACUUCAGAAGAUUAAAGAUUGUCUUCUACAAAUAAAUCUUGCUCAAAUUUUGGAACCUCAAUGUGCUUUUGCAUCUGGUAGAACAACUGAGGAUAAUCCAACAACUGAGUUGGAAUGGGAUCUUAAGGCUCGAGAAGCAAGUACGAUGGAAUACCUGCUUUCAGAGUCUAAUGCGCUACCCGAGUUGCACUGCCGGGGUUAUACAUAUGUGCUUGCCUAUAGGUGGAUGAACGAUAAAACAGUUCGGGCAGCUCUAGGUGUUCGAAAUGGAACUGUAGAGAAUUGGGUACGAUGCCCCAAGGCCUUGACAUACUACACGGAAGAACUCACAAGUUCUCUUGCUUAUCAGAAAAAUCUAUCGGAAACUGGUCUUCGAGCUUUGAUAUACAGUGGUGACCAUGACAUAUCAGUUCCCUGGAUUGCUACACAAUAUUGGAUCAAAGCUCUUGAUGUGGCUGUUUUUGAUGAAUGGCGACCGUGGUAUGUCAACGGUCAAAUUGCAGGAUACCAAGUGAAGUUCAUGAAUGAUAACUUCAGAUUGACUUACGUGACUGUAAAGGGUGCCGGUCACACUGCUCCAGAGUACAAACACAAGGAAACGCUUGCCAUGUUUGACAGAUUUUUAGCUCGUUAUCCGAUCUAGUUGAUCAUUAUUGAUCUGAUCAUCUGGUAUCAGCUAACUCUAAAUAUA